GACAUUGUCACCUUCAUGGUCGCCGGGCAUGACACGUCAGCGUACACUCUCUCCUGGAUCCUCUACGAGCUCAGCGCAAACCUUGACGUCCAGAGUAAACUCCGCAAAGAUCUGGAGCUCCACGGGCCCGACUCCAAGUACCUCGGCUACGUCAUCCAGGAGGGAAUGCGUUUAUGGCCUGUGGCAGCACAGGGGUCAAUCCGCCAACUCCAGCACGAUGUAGAGCUUGAGGAUGGUAAGAUCAUUCCAAGGGGGGAGACGUGCCUAGUGCCGUUCUUCGCGAUUUUCAGGUCUGCAUGGAUCGACCGAGCAGACGAGUUCAUCCCCGAGAGGUGGAGCGAGGAAGGGUCGCAAAGGAAGAAGCUGGAGGAGGCGGUGUUUCCCUUCUCCGUGGGCUCUAGGAACUGUGUUGGGCAGCGGCUAGCUUCCAUGCAGAUCAGGAAAAUCCUUCAUCAGCUCAUUCUGCGGUACGAGUUCGUGCUUGGCAAGAGGCCU